GUGGCUCUCGUAUCCGCUCACGGAUCAUAUCCCUCUCUUGUCAUGCUCCGACAAUCCUGGACGCAAGGCAACCAGACACUCCGACUUGUUCCCCACACUUUGCACACUUUUGGGGCGACGUGCUGCGGAAGAAUAAUCAUCUGGAUUGGAGUGACUUGUCAGAGGAUGGACCUGACCUGUCGGAUUUUCUUCUCCUUCAGUUCUGGUGGUUCUCCGUAUUUCCCCAUGGGUGGUGGAUCCAUACCUACUUGGUUAAUUCAACCUUGACAAGGACACUUUCUUCCUGACGUGACAUGAUAAUUACACUUGGAACAGCAAUUACUAUACUCGGAGCUACCCCAACCUCCAGUCAGAUGGAUGUACAGAGUAAGGAGUGGGAUCCAACUCAGCCUACUAGGUACCUAGUAAUACUAAUAGCGCGGCUCUACUCCGCGUGAUUUGAUAUCCAUGCAGUCACCAUGU